AUGUCCUACGCCAUUGAAUCAAAGAAGCGAAAGUUUCACCGGGCCUUGGAAUCCAUUUCCAAGCCCGCCACUCCUGCGAAUGCCCCGAAGCCUGCGACUGCGACGCAUGCGACAGCCAAAGACCGUCUGCCGGCCAACCUCUCCAUCAAAAAGGUCCGAUUGAGCAGUAACGACUACUCAGACCUUCCUUCUGUCCGCAACUCGAUGUCGAAUAUCUCGGGCGCCGCAGUCCGGUCAACAUCUGCCUCCUCGAAUAAGCGCCCGACCUUUGCCCCAUGGGAUCGUGAUAUCUUCCUCGAGCGACUCGAGACCUUCCGUCGCGUGGACCGAUGGGACUCCAAGCCGACUCCGAUCAAUGAAGUACAAUGGGCAAAGCGCGGUUGGAUAUGCACGGAUUCUGUGCGAGUGAGCUGCGUCAGUGGCUGUGGUGGCUCCGUGGUCGUCAAGCUACCAGAUGAAAUCGAUGAGCUCGACGGAUAUGAUGCGGAAAAGGUUCAGGAACGAAAGGAAGUUCGGGAGAGACUUGUCGAGGAAUACGCUAAGAUGUUGAAGGACGGCCAUGAGGAGAAAUGCCCAUGGCGGAACAAGGCGUGUGACGAUACUAUCCAGCAUCUCCCGCUGAACAGCCUUGGGAGGGCGCUAUCUGGCCUUCAUGGUCGAUACUUCAACCUGUUGAAGAUGAAGGAUAAGUUACCGACUGUUGAUAAGAUCGAAACUCCCAAAAGCCUUGAUCUGGAUGCUACUGCACGGAUACUGCCUGAGGAAUGGUUCAAGGAUUCGGACCCAGUGGCAAACGGAUCAAAUGAAGAAACUGGCGCCGAUGCCGGCAGCUCCCAAGACACCCCAGAGUCUACCUCCGCACCGUCAACAGACACGCUGCAACUUGUCAAUCAAACCGCACUUGCACUGGCGCUCUUUGGCUGGGAUUCUGUUGCUGAUGGAGCAGCGGGUAUAGUAUCAUGCAGGGCUUGUUUCCGUCGGCUGGGUCUCUGGAUGUACAAGCCGAAGGAAAAUGGAGAGGUUACUGUCUACAGCUCUCUGGAUGUAUCAAAUGAGCAUAUGGAAUACUGCCCCUGGAUCGACCGAGUGGCUCAGAGCGGCACAGGAAGGCCAAAUGAGAAGGCGGAUACUCUGCGCAGCGGCUGGGAGGUCGUCGCAGAUGCUGUCAAAGUGAAGAAUCGCCGGCGCCUCCGCUCUGGUGCUUCAUUGGAAAACAUUCGCAGCGAGGCCAGCACUCCUGUGCCAGAAACUGUGCCAGACGACAUCAAUGACGACGGUGAUGAGGAGACGAAGAAAAAGGCGGAUCGCGAAUGGUGGGCCAGAAUUCGACGCAUUCGACAAUCAUUGAAAACGAAGUCGCCGCACAAGUCUGUUGCUCAGAAAUGA